GGUUCUUUUGAACAGUCCUUUCAAAGAAAUGGAUCACCUGGACACUGACAUCCCUAUGUUUUUAUCUACAUACACGUAUUGUAUGAAUCCAGAAUAAUACACGUAUUGUUUAUUAUGUCUUAUUUUCCCGAGUAAGUUUAAUUAAUAAAGACGUUCGUUUGGUUCAGCUCAUAAAAAUCAGUUUUCGAGACGUUUUCCCACGUUAUCGUGUAAUGCGUUUAACUAAUACCUACGAUCAAAUCGUAAAUUUUCCACUACGUUUCAUUUUUGCUAUUUUUCAUCCCUCCCGGUUUUGUAAACAAGUUCAAUUGAUUCAUUCAAAAGAUCCGACUCGCAAAAACGAUCCAUUCAAAAGAUCCGACUCGCAAGAAUGAUCCAUUCACGAAUUGAUCGACUCUAUCAACAACAACAAUUAUACUGUGGAGUUUGUUUGUGUUGCUUCAGUGAUUUUAGUGUAGAUAGUCGCAGUCAAAUGACUAUGUAUUUGGUUUGAGUUGUAACCGCAGCGCUGUCUGUCUCGUGUGAAGUGAGUCAUGUGUUCGCUCAGGUUUAUGGUCAUGUAUGUGGAUGAGUCUGUGGAUGUGUUUUACUCAGAGGGGCGCAGACUGCAGCUCUCGCCCUGCGGAUCUGAGUUCAUGAUAGAGAAAUACAUGUCACCCUCUGCACACCCGCUACAGCCCAGAGAGACAGUCAGACAGAGAACAAGAUUCGCCAUCAGCGAGUAUAAGACACUGGUACUGAAUGCUUUGGCGUUCAGAAACAAGUAUGCAACUCAUCCAUAUUUACCUGAGGAACUCAUAACUGUGGAAUUCAACAAGCCGUUCACCAGUGCCAUAACUGAGGUGGAGUGGCCCGGGCCUGACUCCUGCACUGCUGGGCCGCAUGGAGAGAUCACAGUUUGCUCUGUAGAUGGACAUGCCACACUCGUCCUUUCCUCUUCUGGAGAAGAGUUCACAGUGGACUUUAUGUGUCGGUCCAGCCAAAAUGAAGUAGAGUCGCAGUAUCUGCAAGGUCAACACCACAAAAGCACAUGUUCAUUAAGUAGCUUGUCGUCGAAAUCUGCCACGGUUAAGGGUUUAAACUUCUCUGAAGCCUCAGUGGGUGCUCGGAUGGACCAUUCUGGGUCAGUCGUAAAAGCCCGCAAUACGGAAAGACUGGAAUCAACAAGUUUGAAGUCUGGGAAGGUGGAUGCAUACACCAGAGUAAUCCAGCAGUAUUCCCGAGUGCUUUACCCACAGAUGUGGACCUAUCCUCUGUCAUUAGCAUUCAAGCAUUGGGAAUCACAAAAAACUAAAAUAAAUACGGUCAAUGGGCAAAAUGGAAGAAGUUCCACAAACGGAGAAGAAACUUGUAAAACAGGGCUGAAAACUCAGCUUCCCAAACCUUUGCCUCUAAAGUGUCCUUCUCCUCAUCAGCACAGGUGGCGUUAUGACACUGUGAAUCCUGAUUUGCUGGAACAGGAAGAGGAAGUCACAGCUGAGCUGGUGAAAGUGGUCUGGUGCAAAGGCAUCAUAUACCGUAUAGUAGAUGGAGUGAUACCGAUGGUAGAGAUCUCACCUGGUGACGGUUCUGUGAUCAGAUCUAAUGGAGUUCUAGCCAAUUACUUCACACAUUACAAAUCCGGAGCUGCUCACAGAGAUGCAGUGGAGUGUGUGUAUUACCUGUGUGGUCUCCCACCUGAUGUACCGGGUCAGCUGUAUUCUGUCCAGUCUGUCGUCACACGGGCCAGCAGGGUUCUGAAAUGCUUCAAACAGGCCAGAAGCUCCCUGAGGUCCCCACUCUCUGUUUACUGCUGGAACGAGCAGGCUGCGGUGUGUGAAUGUGUGCGUGUGGUUCAGGAGGUGGCGGUGGCAGGUACAGGCUAUUUUAAAGCUCUCUCAGAUGGGACUGUCGAGGUCUUGUUUCUGGAUGGAGUUAGAGCGCAGAUGAUGUGGAAAUCUGACACAUAUACACCUGCACAGUUUGGAGAAAUGGAACAGAGACUCAAGACAGAAACCAGACCGCCUCACAGGUGGUGCCAGCUCAGUUUGCCAGAUGGGCACCAAACUCUUGUCCAAGUUGAGACAGACCAAACUUAUCAAAGGUAUGUGUCUGCAGUAGUGCAGUGGUGUGACUGGGUAAAACAGACAGAUCAGAGCAUGAGUGCAGUGGGUGUGGCUCUCUCAGACUCCGCCCAUUCUGACACACCUCAGCCAAUAACGUGCAGAUCAGUUGUUUCUGAACUGGAAAAGAUCAAGAGGUUUAACUUUUUGUUGGAGAACAGCCCCCUCUUGCGACCUGCAGGAAGAUCUUUGAGCUGUGAGCGUUCUUCUGACCGACCUGAGAUCAAACUCACAGAGAACUGCAUCUCUGAGGCUCUGCAGAAAACCUCCAAAGCCAUACAGGACAUUGACACACUCUUAUCAGACAGACUGUAGGAUUGUAUGCAGACAUAUUAUUCAGGGAAAUGAAAAAUGUGGCUGUAAGGGACAGACAUACACAAAUCUCACUAAACCUGUCAAGAACAUGCCUGGGUCAUAUUUACUCCAAAACUUAGCAAGAAAUUAUAUUUUAUUGUACAUGAAAUAAAAAAGGCCUGUUUUUGUGCACAUUUGCCCCAAUUCCCA